AUGAAGUCUUUCAAAACCAGGUUCAGGGAUACGAGACCAAACAUUCCAAAGGUUCGCGGCAUUGAUGCUAGCGGUUCAGCAGACCUCGAUAUACCCUCCGAAGACUCUGAUGAGCAGCCAGACUUUGGUGAUGACUCUCAACCUCGCAAACGACGACGCGAUUUUGAGAUAAAUGCCGGAGAUGAAGACUACGAGGUUGGGCAAGCUCUCGAAGAUGAUGAAAUUCUAGAGGAUAACGGCAUAAAAGAUUUUGGUGACGCAGACGACUUGCCUAUACAUCAAUUAGCGCGAUAUGUGAUAGAAGGAGACCAUAACCUGGAUACUGAGCUCCCUCUUGAUAUUGAUCUCCAACAGAUCCAGUUCGAAGAUCAGUACCAAGACCCCGAGCCUGAAGAGCCUGCUGAAGAUGUUAUCGAGUCCGUCCAGUUCAAUUGGCAAGAAGUUGACGAUAAUACCGCAGAAGCAUCUGAUGCACGCUCUUUAACCCUCGAGCCUCCUCAAACCCCACGUCGUAAUGAAUUCGAAUUGCCAGCCUUAGACCCGAGCGAUACGUCUGAGCUGAUUGAGCACCGUCAUUAUUUUGACGAGAAUAUAUCAGAGCUAAAGAUGGGCUUCGGUAUAUUUGUGAUGAAUUCUGGAAUGUCUAGCACGGAAUACUCAGCGUUGCAUCAAUUGUUAAGCACAUCUACCGAUCCGGUAUUCAGAAACCUUCCUGCCUCUAUCAGCACACUCAAAAGGCAUAUUGAAAAGGCACUUCCACUCCUUCAGAUACGCAAGAAGGAAAUUCCACUUGUCUCCGAGAAGCUUGCUACAGAGACUGCUACUCGCAAAGCAGAAGGACAGGCCGACGAUAAUCCAAAAGAAGACCUUCAUUUCCUAGACCCAGUCGACUUGUAUGCUAGGUUUAUAGCUUCAGAUAUUAGCAAGUCUCUCCACACCGGGUUGGCAGAGUUUGUUGAUAACCCUGUGGAGCUAUGGCAAUCUCGCUGCUGGGCUUCUUCUGUUCGAUCAUCUUCAGGAGAGUAUGCUCACUUUCCGGAUGGUAACCAAGAGGCUGUCUUUCCUUCAGACUUUGUUGCUUACGUCUGCAACGAUUCGAGCUGCACCGUAUGCAUUACUGGAGACGGUACUGGGCACCACAAAGGCAGAGUUCAAGCAGUCGGUCGUGAUAUGACCUCGGAAGCCGUGACUGCUGGCACCGACGGUCUCAUCACUUUGGAGAUCCGAGAAGUUUUUGACGCUAAUGAUUUGUUGAACAUCGGAGUUGUCUUAGAUCCGGUAAUGAAACCUAACGAGCUCGUACAAAUCUUCUCAGACGACCAUCACGUUUACGUUACUGAGUCGCAAAUUCUGGGAUCUGGUCCAGUACCCGUAGAAUUGGAUUAUGUCUUCGGCGAAAACGACCCACAGAAAAUCUACUUCUUGGAUACAGAAAGAGGCAAUAAUCCUAGGCAGGUCUUCAUGCGUAGAAUGAUUGAGCUAAAGCAUAACAAAGUGGUUGAGCAGACCCCUCUCUGCUAUACUGAUCCUCUUCGUGCCGAGCUAGAGUUGUUUGAGUUUGGCAGAGGAACUUUUGUCAACGAUUGGGACAUAGCGAAAGGGAACGUCUGUGCUUCUAUGCCAGUCCAAACUUUUAUCGAUGGCUUUGGACUUUACAGAAAUUCCUACCGCUCUAUUAUGGGCUUCUAUCAAAUUCCGGCUGGCUUGAAUUCUAAGGACCGUACUCGGCGGGCGAAUGUCUUGCCUAUUACUUUAGGUCCCCACGGAAGCAACUUUGACGAUGUUGUAGGAGCUUUGACACGACUGAAGCAGCUUGACGAAGGCGUAAUGCUCGAUAUCAACGGAGUAUAUACUCGGAUGUGCGUCUUUACUUUGUGCUACCUUGGAGAUAUGCCACAACAACAAGCAAACUCUGGCAUGAACUCACAAAGAGCAACUCGUGGAUGUCGUUUCUGCUUUAUCGAUGAAGAAAAGCGUGGCGAUCUUGCUUACGACAUCAAGGCCUUGGGCAGAUAUCAUCACCAAGUCGUGUCGAUGAGAAAGGAAUUGAUGUCUCGGAAGACACAGACUCAAAGAAAUGCGUACGGCAAGAUCUGGGGUAUGCAAACAAACGAUUCUCCGCUGACGGCUAUCUCCCCGGCAUUGGACAUUGUCCUUACUCGUCCUGGUGACCCUGCUCACUCCGAGUAUAACGGAUUAGGGAGAUUGAUGCACGAGAUGCUAAUUGGGGGAAUUUUGACUGUUCAAGGAGCUAAAGAAUACGGUCGUACUCUUCGCCGAUUUCCAUUUCCUAAAGGGUGGGCCCGUCUCCAGUCUCCUCUUCAUCAUUUGAAGUCGUAUAGCCUUUCGGACCACGCUCGUUGGAGUAUCAUUAUCCCUGGCUUGCUUCGAGGCUGGUUGACGGAGAAACAUAUCCAGCCAUUCUUCUUGAACGCCGCCAGAAUCCAUACUCAGGACACUGUUUCUUAUAUCGUGUCUUGCUAUGCUGCUGCCGCUAAAAGCACAAGUUUAUUGGUUUCGGAUCGGAUCGAAGAUCUAGAUGAUCGUGAAAAUCUUCAUGCGAUUAUCCUUCGAGCUCGCCAAUGCUUCCAACAGCUGUGCACAGAUGCUGCUGGUGGAGUACAAGAAAACCCAAGGAGAGGUUCUGUCGCUGAUAGAAGAAGUCGAUCCCAAACACCAUCCUCGGUUAUUCCUCCUCCCGUUGCUAAUACUCAGAGCUCCUCGGCGACUCCUGAUACUGAGACUCCUGGCUUGAUGGGCCCACCAGCCGCUAUCCAACCAGCUAUGGAUAAGAAGUUGACACUUCAGUACCGUUCAGAUGCGAAGCGUCCAAAUAUCCAUACAGCUCUCCAUUACACGAGGAUGAUGUGGGAGUAUGGCCUUCCAGGCAAUGUCGCAACCUUGAUCGGCGAAGAUAAGCACCGAUUGUUUAAGGCUUUGGUAUAUAGUACCAAUCAUAUCAAUGUCGAGAAGGCCUUGUUGAAGAAAGAGGCUUGGAAGUUGACCCUACGCUUGAUUAUUAUGAACGCUUAUCAAGUGACUGAUCCGGGGUUGACUCAAAUGAUCCAAAGUCUUUAUCGGUCAUGUCCAUUGUUAUUCGCAAGCUUCAUGCCACGCUCUGAAAUCGAAGACAUCCUGGCAGCUGAAAUUGUUGACGAGGCUGAUGACGAUGAGCCAACAGUUGAGCUCCAGGCUGAUAGCUCUCACCUUCGGCCCUCCGCGAUCGGUUGCUUGCCACCUAGAUACGUCCGAGACACUCUUGGCUUCCCUUUGCGGCCUAGAGAGAUGGACGCUGUUUUUAAGACGGCUUUCACACGUGCUUACAACGAAUAUUACAGCAGCCCUGAAGUCUUGCAUUACGGGAAAGUUAGUUUGCAAUGGGUCAAGAAGAUCAGCUUCACUGAUAAGGCCUCGCAACGUCGUAUCGUAUUCGCAGCUGGUGACUUUAUCGAGUAUACGAAUCCGACCACAAGGGCCAAUCAAUUUGCGCGUAUAGAGGGUCUAUUUGUUCACCAACUCUUUAGUACCAGAUCAAUCUUUUUACGAAUUCGCCCCGUCACGGUGUCACCUGAGCGGGAUAUCCUGCUCGACCUCCCUCAGCUGACCUUGAGGGAUUCUUACGAUCUUAUUGGCCUUCCUGGCGUUGGGGCACGCAAGAUAUCAGUUCUGAAUGAUUUGGAAAGGGCAGAACUGCCGCUCGUCGAUGGCAGAGGUGGAGGUGGAGGUGGAGGUGGAGGUGGAGGUGGAGGUGGAGGUGGAGGUGGAGGUAGAGGUGGAGGUGGAGGUGGUAGUAAAUAG